UUCGUCAAAUAUUAUUUUUUUUUGUCUCCCUCCAUCAUGACAUCUUGCAUCACAUCUCCACCAGAAAGAGAGAGAACGAAUUAACAGCUGUUUUCUGGCUGCCACUCCAGGAGACCUUGCAAAUUCAUCAUUGAAGCACAUACAUUCUCUCCUGGAGCCAAGCCCCGGCCUAAACUGGACUCAAUUCAAAUUCCAAUCACCAUGCUCGUUGCUCAAACAAUUUCAUCAGAUGGUCUCUUGUAGCAUUCGGGGCGUUUGAUUUCACGUUCAAUUGCUGACUCCUUGUGUUUAUCGGAAUUCAACCUCCUGCUUCGUCCUAGGAUCCGAAAGGAAAAGAUGGUGGAUGCCUCACCGGAGAGAUCGUCGGGUUGUGGCCUGCUCAAUGCGGUGUUCGGGAAGCGCACGUUUUGGCCGAGGAGGACAACCUCCACCGGGUCGAUGACGCCCCCGAUGCGCAGCAUUGGAGGCAACGUGACUAAAUUGCCGAGCACCCCUCAUUCGAGGCAGCGGCACGGCAGGUCUGAUGAGGCCACCUUCCUCGAUGCCAAUGGGUCAGAAGUCCCGCCUAAGCCGAUGAGUAUGAGGCCGUCUCCGAACCAAUACGGUAAUCCGAAUAUGUACUAUCAAAAGCAAGCCCCUGGCAGGGUCGCCGACGAGACAGCGAUGGUGUUGCCUUCAUCCGGGGUGACCAGUCCCGCGAAGAAUCCUCAUAAACAAAGCUAUGUCAACAAAGGUAGAAGAGUGCCCCCAGAGACGACCGGCAUAUCGGGCGAGCUAGAAAGCAUGAUCGCUGAUCACCAAAAGUCCCGCGGAAGCAGCACGCUUGUCCGUGCAUCGUCGAGCAAUGUAAUGCUCUUUGGGAACUUGGGCAAUUUGAGGCAACCCGGGACGACGAAUCCAAGCAAUGUGAGCAAUGUGCCGGACCCUUACAUCCCAAAGACUGCUACGAGGAACGAGGGUCCGAUGCCUAACGGAAAAUACACGAACAGUGUGAUGGGCAACAUCGUGAAGAAACCGGCGGAUAGCAAUAGAAAGCCUAGCGAAUCGCCAGCCCCUGCUUCUUUCUGUCGCGCUCUCUCGACGAGAAUGGACCCCGAGACACUGAAGAUAAUGGGCAAUGAGGAUUACAAGAACGGUAGGUUCGCCGAAGCCUUGGCACUGUAUGAUGCGGCGAUCUCGAUAGAUCCGAACAAGGCUUCCUAUAGGAGCAAUAGGAGUGCCGCCCUGACUGCUUUGGGUAGACUUCUCGAGGCCGUUUUCGAGUGCAGAGAAGCCAUUCGGAUCGAUCCUCGUUAUCAAAGAGCUCAUAAUCGCUUGGCAACCUUGUAUCUCAGAUUAGGCGAAGCAGAAAAGGCGAUGUACCACUACAAACACUCGGGACCCGAAGCCGACCCGGAGGACAUUGCGAAGGCUAAAAGGGUUCAGUCCCACCUCAGUAAAUGCACCGAAGCUCGCAAGCUGAGGGAUUGGAAUACUUUGAUAAAGGAAAGCCGAUGCGUGAUAUCAGCCGGCGCCGACUCGGCCCCUCAGAUUUUUGCAUUGCAAGCGGAGGCAUUGAUGAAGCUAAGGAAGCACCAAGAUGCGGACGAAGCACUGUCCAAGGGUCCGAAUUUCGAGGUCGAGGAAUGUACGAAGUUCCUGGGUCCUAUUGGGAAUGCUGGUUUGUUAGUUGUGCGGGCUCAGGUUGACUUGGCCGUCGGCAGAUUUGAUGAUGCCUUGGAGGCGGCUCAACGAGCAGCUCGGCUAGACUCGAGCAACAAGGAAGUGAACUAUGUGAUUAAGAGGGCUCGAGCCGUGGCGGGAGCCCGGUACAAAGGGAACGAGCUCUUCAAGGCUGAGAGAUUCACUGAGGCUUGCGUAGCAUAUGGAGAAGGACUCGAGCAUGACCAGCACAACUCGGUCUUAUUGUGCAACCGUGCCGCAUGCAGGACCAAGCUAGGCCAGUACGAUAAGGCGAUCGAGGAUUGCACCGCCGCACUCAAUGUCCGCCCAUCUUACAGCAAGGCCAGGCUAAGAAGAGCCGAUUGUUUCGCCAAGUUGAAGAAGUGGGAGGCUUCGAUACAAGACUAUGAGGUGUUGGCGAGAGAAGCGCCGGAAGACGAAGAAGUGAGCCGAGUGCUGUUGGAGGCCAAGGCACAACUUAGAAGACAAUGUGGUGACAUCGUGUAGGGUUUGCAAAAUCUCAAAUGUGGUGUGUUAGUGUUGCAGCUGUCUCUCUUGGAGGGUGUACUAACUCAAAUUAGACAAAAACAAAUCUCUGAAAACUAGAAUGUUUAGUGAUUUUUUUUGUGACGCUUUGAAAUAUUAGGUCAAAGAGAUGCGUGUCUGCUUAAGAGC